UGACGACCCCCACCGAGUGGAAACUUUCUUUAAGUUGCAGACGAAGUUUGGUGACCUCCAUUUUUACAUGCGAGGGAAGCUGUAUCUCUGAAGGAUGUUGCUGGGGUUGAGUGAGGUGUGUCGCCUGUUGAGAGGUAAAAGCGGAUACACUUCUUGACCACUGUAAGGGACGGCGCGGGUUAUGCGAUGUGCACGAAUUGAGCGGGAGAGAUGACAGGGUGUCGCUUCUCAAUUCUUAUGUCUAGCACCAAGAAGGUAGAUAUGUCUGCCAUGUGGAAAGAAAGUCGCGUGACACAAGAGUGCUUCGAAACGAAACUGCGAAAAGUUGCCAUUUCUACUUAAUUGUCCCGACGUGCCAAUAUUUACGAUGAUGAAGAAUGAGAGAGGCACUACUUGAGACGGCGACGCUACAUACAAGUAUAUGUAUUUCAAUUGCACUACGUGCUGUUGAUCAUCAAUUCUCUUCUUCCACGUGGUCGUGGACUCUUUUCUAGAACCUACAGCGGUUGGUAUCGCUUGGAAGCAGCAGAAGGAAAUAAACCUGCCUCACCAAAGCGACAAAAAGCGACUCAUGUUGUUCGACCAAGCUACUUGCUCGAUGGAGGUCGAGGACCUCGAAAACCUCUCGGAGGACUCCGAGCCCGAGGAAAGUUUGUCACCCGUGCGCGGCCAGAGGACCACGACAUUGCGGGACCGUAUGAUCCAGUGGACAGAAAGGAUCAAAUCGCCGGUCUUUUCGGAGAUGGUAAAAACAGCAUGACCGUGAUGUUCAUGUCAUCUGUCGUGUGCAACUGCAAUACAACCUUUUUAUGUCAGCCAGAAUCUUGUCCAAAAAGUCACAGAACAAUUAACGCCGCUAACAGGUAUCGGAUUUGCGCAUUCUUUCCUCCAAAUUUACGACCGACCUGGAGUACAAAGCGGAUUUGCGUUUCGUCCUGAAGCGGAAGUAUUUAGUCCACUACACGGAGUCCAGGCAGCAGCAAGACAAGACCCCCGUUUUCAAGACAACAAACACUGGUGGGGCGUCGAACUCUGCUGCCCUCCAGCAAGUCCCCAACCAUUUUGCGGAAUUGAAAAUCUCUCCCGCGGAAGAAACCAUGGUUGAUGCCGACGUGGAAACGGAGCAGGUCCUGUUCAAGCUGAAGAGGGUAGCUGCAGGAGGUUCUUCUACAACAAACAAGCCGGAAACUGUUUUCAACGAGGAUUUGUUCAAGGAAAUCUUCGGCAAGUCGGCAGAUUUGACCAUCGCGGCGCAGUUUCUCGGGUUUCUGUGCCUGUCAGAGGAUGUGCCGGACGAGGACGCGGUGGCGUGGACGAAAAUCCACCAGCAAUUCGACCCGUCUUUGGAACAAUUUGUCCGGCGACCGCCGCCCGCUUAUACGGUUGCGGGCGCUUCGUAGAAGACGGAAUGCCAAAAAUGUGUGAUGAAAACUUCAUUGAUGUUGUUCAAACGAGGCUCGUAAACGUCACACUCAUUGACCAACAGCGAUCCAUCGCGGACUGUAACUGAAAGAUACGAUGAGCGGAAACACCCACAAAGCUGCAGACUAGAGCUGCGCAUUGCACAGGAUGCCGGGUUGCUGUUUCUGAUCAACUCUCGCGUGCCAC